GUCAGUUUCGUGACAUUUUUCAACUCGUUGUCGCGGAGUGUGGCAUUUUAUAGAAAACACAUUUUUUGCGUACCUCAAUCGCUAUUCGCUAUUUAGCUAACUGGCAUUUUAUCUGCAGAUACCGUGAGUUUUCUGUGCGUGGCACUUUUGGGCAUUGUCUUGAAAAACUUUUAUACUAGUUCGGGUCGUCGCGUUGUGAAGUAUAUCGCGUGGUCGCAAGAGUUCCGAAAUACCGUCCGGGUUUGGUUCGGUUGUGAAUCAAUUUUGUCAGGUUUUCUCACUAAGCUUCCGGUUUUUCAAGCUGAGUUCUUCAAGAAGCACUUGUUAUCGUUUCCAUUACCAUUGGAAGUGGUCCACACUCGAUAGACCGAGGAAAUCGAACAACCGACAAUGGGUAAAGCGAAGAAAGGCAAAAAGGAUUCCUCCGCCGUGGUUGCCGGUGUCGGCGAUGAUGGCUCCGAUAUCGAGGUGAAGCAAACCGAUUUGACCGAGACGGAAGUUGAAAACCGAAAAAAUGAUAAGAAGAAAAAGGAUAAAAAGGCAAAGAAAAAUGAUGAUCAAGAAGAUGCUGAUGACGGGAUAGAGUUGGUAACCGAAGAAGUUAAAAAGCUGACGGUUGAGAAUAAGAAAAAAGGCAAAAAAGUUGAUAAACCCGUAGAAAUUGAUGAGGAUGGUGCUGUCGAUGAUGAAUUCGAUGAAGAUGCUGUCAAAAAGACGAAAACAAAGAAGAAAAACAAAGUCGCCGGAGCAAGUGGUCCUGUAGGAUUUUCUCUACUGAUGGCAGAGGAUGAUGACGACAAUGAAGAGCAACAGGAUAAACAAGAUAAUGAUGACGGAGAAGAUGAAGCCCCCAAGAAGGGUAAAGCUAAAGGGAACAAGAAGCAACAGGUCAAGGAAGACAAUGAUGAUGUUUCGCAGAAGGCUGGCAAAAAGAGCAAGAAAGGCAAGAAAAAGAAGGGUGGAGAUAGCGAUGAUGAGGAUAUAGAGAAGAUGCUGGCAGAAUUGGAAAUGGAAUACACUGGAGUGAAACCAGCUGAUUCGGUGGAACCGACUGCGGGUACAGCAGAUAAGAAAGAACCGGAGAAAGAGAAGAAAAAAGAUAAGAAAGAGAAAAAAAAGAAGCAAGAAACUCCGGAGGUUGAAGUCGAAGAAAAACCUGACGGGGAGAUUCACAUUAAAACUGCAGCUGAAAAACGCAAAGAUAAGAAAGAACGCCAGAAAAAAGAAGGUCAGAUUGCCAAACAGCAAGAAGCAGAAGCCGUGAAUAAAGAAUCAAAGGAAUCAACUCCUAUUCCUGCGAACCAAGCAGAAGAAACAGCUCAAGGAGAGGGUAAAAAGAAGAAGAAGAAGGGUAAAAAGGAAGAGGGUGAAAAGAGUCUGGAAGUAGAAGAGGAUAAACCUGCUACCAAAGCAAAGGUAGAAGAUGGAAAACCAACCGACUCUGCUACUGGGAAGGAAGCCGAAAAGAAGAAGAAAGGACCCAACAAAGCCGCUUUAGCAUUGAUGCAGGAAAAGCUGAAGGCAAUUCGAGAAGAAGAAGAAAGAUUAAAACGUGAGGAGGAAGAAAAAAUUAGGCUAGCUGAAGAAGCUGAGCGCUAUCAUCAAGAGCAAUUGCGUUUGGAGCAGGAAAAGAAAGAGCGUAAGAAGCAAAAGGAGAAAGAACGCAAAGAGCGAUUGAAAGCAGAGGGAAAACUUCUGACUGCUAAACAGAAACAGGAUCGAAUGAGAGCGCAAGCUAUGUUGGAAGCAUUAAAGGCACAAGGGGUGGAAAUACCAGAGGCAGGGGUUGAGAAAAAGGUUCGGUUAGGUACUAGAAUCCGUCCGAAAAAGAAGGACGAUGCUAACAAGGAAGGUGAUUCUAAAGAACAGAGCCCCACGGCAGAAGAGGAGCAAAGAAUUGAAAGUGAAAAGAUUGAAGCCGAAAAAGUUAAAGUUGAUGAAGUAAAGGAUUCAUGGGAUGCUUCGGAUAGUGAGGAAGAAGAGGAGCAGCCAGAAAAUGACCACAAAGGUGGAUCGGCCAAGACCACUGGUAGAACUAGUAAGAAGUCGGAACAGCUGGAAUCCGAUGAAGAAGAUGACGAGAGUGAUAGCGAAGAGGAUGAUUCGGGAGAAGAUGGAACGGAUAAUGAGAGUGAUUCUGAAGAAGAUUCAAGACCUGAGGCUGAGAGGAUGCGACAACGCGCUUUAGAACGGAUCGCCAAGAGAACACAAGACGCAGAAAAGAAACGAACAUUGGAUAAUUUGCGUGCAGCUGUAGUAUGUGUUCUUGGACAUGUCGAUACCGGUAAAACUAAAAUUCUCGAUAAACUUCGACGUACGAAUGUUCAGGAUGCAGAAGCUGGAGGUAUAACACAGCAAAUUGGAGCUACCAAUGUUCCUAUUGAAAACAUUAAAGAGCAAACUAAGUUCGUCAAAGGAUAUGGUGAUACAAACUUUAAAUUACCCGGACUUCUUAUCAUCGAUACGCCUGGCCACGAAUCCUUUAGUAAUCUUCGUAGUCGUGGCUCCUCUCUAUGUGAUAUUGCUAUUCUGGUGGUGGAUAUUAUGCAUGGCUUAGAACCACAAACUAUAGAAUCUAUCAAUUUGUUGAAAUCCAAACGAACCCCAUUUGUGGUUGCUUUAAAUAAAAUAGAUCGUCUGUACGAUUGGAGUACCAUGAAUCGCAAGGACGUUCGCGAUAUUAUUAAAGCUCAGGCACCUAACACCCAACUAGAAUUUCAACAGCGCACAAAAGAUGUCAUUGUCCAAUUUGCCGAACAGAGUUUGAAUGCAGCCCUGUAUUAUGAAAACCCAGACCCUAACACCUACAUUUCUUUGGUACCAACCAGUGCAAUUACUGGUGAAGGUAUGGGAAAUCUCUUAUUCCUAAUCGUACAGUUCUGUCAGAAACAGCUCGCCAAACGUCUCAUGUUUAGCGAAGAUCUCCAAGCGACCGUGCUCGAAGUAAAGGCCAUCUCAGGCUUGGGAACCACCAUCGAUGCAAUUUUGAUAAAUGGCAAGCUGCGUGAAGGCGAUACUAUGAUUCUAGCCGGUACGGAAGGUCCAAUCGUUACGCAAAUAAAAGCUCUUCUGAUGCCUCAGCCAAUGAAGGAGCUGCGGGUAAAGAAUGCCUACGUAGAGCACAAGGAGGUGUGGGCUGCCCAAGGUGUGAAGAUUGCCGCCAAAGAACUGGAGAAGGCGAUCGCUGGUCUUAAUUUGCAGAUUGCGCAGAAAGCAGAUGAAGUUGAAAUAUUUAAAGAUAUUGUUGCACGUGAUUUGAAAUCUGUUCUCAGCAGUAUUAAAUUGAGUGAACGUGGAGUUUAUGUACAAGCAUCCACACUCGGAUCACUGGAAGCGCUGCUCGAGUUUUUAAGGACCUCUAAAAUUCCGUACUCUGGCAUUCGUAUCGGCCCUGUCGUGAAGCGAGAUGUAAUGAAAGCGUCAACUAUGUUAGAGCAUGAAAAUCAGUAUGCCACUAUUCUCGCCUUUGACGUCAAAAUAGAGCGGGACGCACAAGAACUUGCCGAUAGUUUAGGCGUAAAGAUCUUCCAGGCGGAUAUUAUUUACCAUUUGUUCGAUAAGUUCAUGGCUUAUCGGGAGGAAAUCAAGCAGCGUAAACGUGAAGAGUUCAAAACGGUUGCGGUGUUCCCGUGCAAACUGAAGAUCUUACCUCAAUUUGUGUUUAAUUCCCGUGAUCCAAUUGUGAUAGGCGUUAUUGUGGAAGCUGGUGUCGUCAAGGAGGGAACGCCAAUUUGUGUGCCAACUAAAGAGUUCGUUGACUUGGGCGUGGUGACAUCUAUCGAAGCUAAUCAUAAACAAAUUGAGACUGCCAGGAAAGGCCAGGAGGUAUGCAUAAAAAUUGACCCGAUCCCAGGUGAAACACCCAAGAUGUUCGGGAGACAUUUUGAUGAAAAUGAUAUGUUAGUUAGUAAGAUAUCCCGUCAAAGUAUUGAUGCCUGCAAAGAUUACUUCCGUGAUGAUUUGCUAAAAUCGGACUGGGCUCUGAUGGUGGAGCUGAAGAAAACGUUCCAAAUUUUGUAGUUUUUCAAAUUUGUCAUUGGUUUCGAAAAACGUCCGUACUGCUGGAAUUUUUGCUUGAGUUUUAUAAUUACAUCUUCCAGUAUCGAUAUGAGCGUCUAAGGGAUGAUUACAUGCAUCAUUUCCGCAGACUUAUUUCGAUGUUGGAAAGUAUCUGUGCAAGUGUGCGUGUGCGCCUACCCGGUUACAAACUGCAACAAUCAAUUUAACUAUAAGCCCAGUACUUUUACUUAACUCGCAAUUGUUUACACGCUAGGUAUUUAUUCAAUUGUUUGACAUCGUAACGUAUAAUUGUAAUUAUCUAGGACCUUUACAAUUUCAUCUCUUUUCGGCGAUUUUUUGCUGGUUGGUAUUGCAACAGAAGUCGAAUAACUAUAGAUAGAAUUUGUGAUUGCAUAUUGUGUUGCAUGGUAGACAGAGAAUGAAUGCCGAAACCAUCUAGAGGGCGUGAAUGAUAAGUAAGAUCUUCUAAUAAAAAGUCAUGGUAAACAA